UGCAACGUGUGACAACGCUGUCAUUCAGCUCCGUACGUAAUCUGUUUAGAAGCCGAGUGUUUGCGAAGGUGUUUUCAUGUUUAAAACCAUUAGUGAGAAAAUUGUUAUUUAUAUAAAUUUUUGGCUGCUUGGCUAGUGCAUAGUGCUACUUGUUUGCACAACUUGUUCUACUAACGUAAACUGCUCGAGCAAUGGCUGAUCCGCUGAGUUUGCUGCGACAAUACAACAUCAACAAAAAGGAAAUCAUCGAACGCGAUGGGCAGAUCAUUUUUGGCGAGUUUUCCUGGCCGAAGAACGUCAAAACGAAUUAUUUGAAAUAUGGAUCGGGGAAGAAAGGUGCUCCCAAAGAAUAUUACACUUUGGAGUGUUUGCUAUACAUCCUGAAAAAUGUUGCGCUUCAGCAUUCUGUGUACGUUCGACAAGCAGCCGCUGAGGAUAUUCCUGCCGUAAAUCGUCCUGAUCGUAAGGAGUUGCUGCAAUAUCUCAAUGGCGAAACGACUACUUGUGCCAGCAUUGACAAGAGCGCUCCGCUUGAAAUUCCAACUCAAAUCAAGCGACCUGCUGAGUCGGAUUCAUUGGACAACUUGGCGAAGAAAGCACGCUAUGAGGACACACAAGUACAGAAGGUCAAGGAACAGCUGGCUGCUCGACUGGAUGUUAACAAGAAGGAAGCAUCCGUGAACAUUGAUAACAUCAAAUCUCUAUCGGAGACUAUGUCCGUUGAAAAAAUUGCUGCCAUCAAAGCAAAACGUCUCGCCAAUAAGAAGGUAACAAUCAAACGGACGGAUAACGAUGACACAAUGGGAGUUGGACCGGAUUUGAGAGCUAUAUUGGACUUCGAUGUAGACUCGACCAAGGAUAUUAUCAGUAGGGAACGACAGUGGCGCACCCGAACCACGAUUCUUCAGAGUAACGGGAAGAUUUUUGCUAAAAAUAUAUUAGCAAUUUUACAGGGCAUUAAGAAUCGCGAGGAAGGGCGUGGACGUCCGCAAGCACCUGCGAUCAAACUGCCUGAGCCACCGCGUGUCAUUCGGCCCCAGCCACAACCCGCUCAAUAUAACCGUUACGAUCAGGAACGAUUCAGUCGUCAAAAGGAAGAAACAGAAGGUUUCAAGAUUGAUACCAUGGGUACCUAUCACGGCAUGUCGCUGAAACUGGUAACAGAAGGUUCGGCAGCGCAGAAGAAAGCGCAGCAACAGAGUAGUAACAAUAACAAUGUGAUUUCCACGAAUUUACCACCGGGAAGGCCAAAAGAGCUGAUCCCAACGGCACAAGCACGCAUGCUUCCACAGAACAAUUCGAACAAGCGACAGAGCAGAACACCCAUCAUAAUUAUACCCGCGGCUACGACUAGUUUGAUCACAAUGUACAACGCAAGAGAUAUUCUACAAGAUUUGAAAUUUGUAACCACAGAAGAAAAGAAAGCUAAGGGCGGCUUACGUGAGAAUGAAGUAUUGGUUCAGCGUCAAAAAGCGGGUGGAUUGACCGUGCCCUACCGAGUUAUUGAUAACCCUACCAAGCUGACAGCUCAAGAUUGGAAUCGUGUCGUCGGCGUGUUUGUGAUGGGUCCUGCUUGGCAGUUUAAGGGCUGGCCUUGGGAAGGGAAUCCGGUUGAAAUUUUCGCCAAAAUUGCCGCCUUCCACUUGCGUUACGACGAAAUGAAGUUGGACGCGAACGUUGCACGUUGGUCUGUCACGGUACUCAACGUUUCCCGGACCAAGCGGCAUUUGGAUAAAGCUAGUUUAAUGAUAUUUUGGGAGAAGCUGGAUCUAUAUAUGACAAAGUAUAAACCGGAUCUUCGCUUCUAGGAAGCUUUACAAAUGGUACUGUCUGUGCAACGUUUGCCCGAUAAAUAACGAAUGGCAGUAACAUCCCCUAGCAUCCACGAUAUGAAAUUUGUCAGAAAUAGUAUAAACAAUUAAUGUUUUUUUUCUUCACUGAAGUAUAAUACCUAUUGUUUCGUCACGGUAGUCAACAAACAUUCUUCACAAAACGCGGAGCUAGUUCCAACGCCAUUUUGUGUUUAAGUACAGUAUCAUCAACUAUAAUUGUAAAGAUUGAUGACCUAGCAUUAGGAUAGAAAUUGGUGACAAGCCUCUUCCUAAACCUAUAUAAUUUUUCAUAGCACGAAUAAAACAAUCCAAAAUGUCUCAAUAUUUCACUCUUGUUCAUGCAAUAGUAAACGACCAUUUGAUCGUGUUAAGCAGGAAGUAUCCUAGAACCAUAACAAAAUAAAUUGAUUUUGAUCGCUUUCAGUUAUGUCUGUUUUAGGACUUAUUUUUUCCAAAACAGGAACACAUACAAAUAAAGUGUAAAUAUAAAAGAAUA